AUGUGGCGUCGUAUUCUUCACCCGCUGCCUCGUUCCACGCCCUCACUAAUGCGCUUUUUAGCGACAUCUCCAAACAACAUCAAGAUCCAAAAGGUCGGUAUGGUAGGUCUAGGUCUCAUGGGUCAUGGCAUUGCGCAGACGGCUGCCACUGCAGGUUUUGAUGUCGUGGCAUUGGACGCUAAUUCAAAGGGGUUACAAAGUGGCAUGAAACGUAUUGAAAUGUCGCUAAGUAAAUUACGAGGUCGUGAUGUAAAGAAAGGGACUAUCACUCAACAACAGGCAGACGACCAGAUUGCGGCUGCACUGGCUCGGAUCACACCCACAACAGAACUAGACGGUCUGACAGACUGUGACCUUGUAAUUGAAGCUAUCGUUGAGAAUGUGGAUGUAAAGAAAAAGUUCUAUGCUGAUCUAGGCAAAGUGGCCAAGCCAACGGCGAUCCUGGCAUCUAAUACGUCGUCACUGGCCAUUUCGGACUUUGCCGGGUCCUCGGGACGUGCACCACAGGUUGUUGGUCUCCAUUUUUUCAAUCCCGUGCAACUUAUGAAGCUCGUUGAAGUUGUUCGCACGGACGUGACGGACCCCAAGAUCUUUGAUGCUUGCAAACAAUGGGUGCUGGAUAUUGGUAAACACCCAGUGAGCUGCAAAGACACGCCGGGCUUCAUUGUUAAUCGACUAUUGGUGCCAUACUUGACUCAGGCAAUUUCUCUCUAUGAGCGAGGAGAUGCCACUAAGGAGGACAUUGAUAUUAGCAUGCAGCUCGGUGCUGGUCACCCGAUGGGACCGAUCACACUGGCAGACUAUGUCGGUUUGGACACGAUGCUCUUUAUACUGGAAGGAUGGGUGCGCGACUACCCAAACGAACCUGCUUUCUACGUGCCGGAGAUAAUUCACAAGAAAGUGGCGGAGGGCAAACUUGGUCGCAAGACUGGAGAAGGAUUCUACAAGUGGGACGGUGACAAGCGUCUAUAA